AUGGAUAGUGAUACUGAUUCAUCUUCUCCGCCACAGGAACGCAAAAAGAACAUUCAAAUGGUAGAAGUAAGUUCCAGUGAUUCUUCAUCUGAUUCAUCAAUUGAAAUCAAUGUGAGAAGAAAUUCUAAUCAAAAUACAUCAAACAGAGGAAGACGAAGAAGAAAUCAAAAUGAAGGAGUUACAGAAAGAAGAAGGAGAUCAUCAUCAAAUAACAUUAAUCAAAACUCUUUACCGAAUGAUAAUAAGCCAAAAGUAAUUUCUGUUUCUGAUACGAUGACAGGAGAUAAAUCAAACAAGGACUCAGAAACAAGUAGUUCUGAAGUUCAUCCAAUUGCUCAACAAGAAAUUCCAAAUCCAAUUGUAAGCGAACCACCAGCAUCUAUUCCAGAACCAGUAACAGAUAAUGAAGUAAAUUACGCAAUCAUUCGUACACAUUCUGUUAUUAAAAAUGUUUAUACAUAUAAAUUUCACCAUGAAGGAAACAUAAUAUUCUCUGCCAAAUGCAAGAAGAGAAAUCCCAAUAAGCCAAUAGUUAUAACAGCUGGAGAAGAUGUUCAUAUUUCCGUUCAAGGAGAUUAUUAUUUAGUUCCUGAAAAUUCUGCAACAAUGUUUACUUUGAGAAAACGAACUGAAACAGGUACUAAAUUAAUGACCGCACAUAUAUUACAUAAUAUGGAAAACUAUAUUUUACCAAGAUUAGUUACUGUUUCUUUAACAGAAGAAAACGGAUUGCCCAUGCAAACACUUGUUACAAGAAAACCGAAAAUGAACCGCAAUGGAAUUUUCACCCUUGAUUUCCAAAACAGAUUUACAAUAGCAAGUGAAAAGAAUGCGAUUUUCUACAAUCAGGCACUAGGAAGAUCAUCGCAAAAUGUCCUUUGCGUUAGAAAAAUAGCUAAAGAAACUUUAGAAAUCAAUACAACGGAUAAAUUACCUCCAUAUUUAAUUUUUGCAAUUGGUCUUGUUAUGUUCACUGCUAAUUUAGGCAGUUAA